AUGGAGCAAAGCAAGUGUUACCAAGCUAGCCAGCUCCCUACAGUGCCGCCUGACGGUCGAAGCUUGAAGGCAAUGGCGGGCGUAGGUAAAAUGGCGGCGAUGCUUUGGUUACUUGCUGCAGUCUUUAUGCUUGGAGCAGCUGUUGGCUUGGCUGAGGGUUCCAAGCAUAACUACUAUGAUUUCUUCGUGAAAGAGACUACCUACUCAAGGCUCUGCAAGAACAAGACCUUGCUCACCGUCAACGGCCAGUUCCCCGGCCCGACCAUCACGGCCAGGAGGGGCGAAAGGGUCAUCGUGAACGUGCACAACCAAGGCGAUAAGAACAUCACCAUCCACUGGCACGGCGUGGACCAACCCCGGAACCCUUGGUACGACGGGCCAGAGUUCAUAACACAGUGUCCCAUUCAGCCAGGAACCAACUUCACUUACGAGAUCCUUCUAUCCGAGGAGGAGGGCACCAUCUGGUGGCAUGCGCACAGCGGCUUGGAUCGGGCCGGCGUCCACGGCGCCUUCAUUGUUCACCCCAAGAAGGGCACGGACUACCCCUUCAUCAAGAACUACAAGAAGCUGCACAAGGAGAUACCCAUCAUCCUCGGAGAGUGGUGGAACAGCGAUCUGAACCUUCAGUUAGAGGAGUACCUAAAGACUGGGGGCGAGAUCCAUAACUCAAAUGCGCACACCAUCAACGGCCAGCCCGGAGACCUGUACCCGUGCUCCAGGAAGAACACUUUCAAUGUGGGCGUGAAGAGAGGGAAGACAUACCUGCUACGGAUCAUCAAUGCUGGACUCGACGGCGACAUGUUCUUUGGCGUGGCCGGGCACCUCCUCACCGUCGUCGGGACCGACGGGCGCUACCUGAAGCCAUUCACCGUCCAGACGAUCAUGAUCUCGCCGGGACAGACGAUGGACGCGCUCCUCCAGGCUAAGCGUUCCCCGUCCAGCGGCCGGUACUACAUGGCCUCAAAGACGUACUUGUCCAACCCCCGGCUCGCGUACCAGAACGGCACUGCCACGGCCAUCCUCGAGUACAAGGACAUGCCGCUCGCUGCUCGUCGGGCAACGCCGGUCUUCCCCAACCUUCCCAACAACACCGACGACGCCGUCGCGACAGGGUACACCGCCAUGCUCCGGUCCCUGGCCAGCAAGGAACACCCGGUCAACGUGCCGACGAAAGUCAACGAGCACAUGCUCAUCACCCUAGCCAUCAACACUCUCCCCUGCACCACGGGCAACGGGACAUGCGACGGGCCAAGCGGCACCCGCUUGGCGGCGAGCCUCAACAACGCCAGCUUCGAGGACCCUCACGUCGACAUCCUCGACGCAUACUACUACUCCAUCCAAGGAGUCUACGAGCCAGACUUCCCCAACAUCCCACCCUUCCUCUUCAACUUCACCAACACUAACGGAUCCAGGAGGUAUUGGCCCACAAAGCGCAGCACCAAGGUGAAGGUGCUGGAGUACGGCGCCGUCGUGGAGAUUGUGUUCCAGGACACGGACAUCCUCGGCGCCGAGAACCACCCCAUGCACCUGCACGGAUAUGCCUUCUACGUGGUAGGGAGAGGGUUGGGGGUCUUCAACAAGACCACGGACCCAGCCACGUACAACUUGGUCGACCCGCCAUACCAGAACACUGUCACCGUUCCCAAGGCUGGCUGGGUCGCCAUGCGCUUCAAAGCAACAAAUCCUGGUGUGUGGUUCAUGCAUUGCCACUUCGAUCGGCAUACGGUGUUUGGGAUGAGCACCUCAUUUAUCGUGAAACAAGGCAAGACUCCAGAGUCUAAAAUAAGGCCCCGCCCUAAGAACAUGCCUAAAUGUUAG